UUCCACAAGUAAAGCCAACUACAAAACCUCUCCCAAAAUGGAGGCCACCACCUUGCUACACCACUCCUCCUUCGCCGGAGCUCGGAGGAACCGGAGACCCUUACAGAGAUUUUCCGUAAUAUUUGGCUCCGUCAUUUUCUUAAUCUUACUCCUCACAUUAAUCAGUAACCAAAACCCAGAAACAUUAGCAACUGGGGCGUCACCUUCGACAAGACUGAGAGGGAUUGCCGAAGGUGUUUCGGCCAAGUCGAAUCCAUGUUUUUCGGACAAGGUUUGGUUUGAUUGGACAAACGCUAUGUUUUACUGGCAGAGAAGUGCCUACCACUUUCAGCCUCAAAUGAAUUGGAUGAAUGAUCCUGACGGUCCAUUAUAUCACAAGGGAUGGUAUCAUCUUUUCUAUCAAUACAACCCUGAUUCAGCAAUAUGGGGCAACAUCACUUGGGGCCACGCUGUAUCAAGCGACCUCAUCCACUGGUUCUACCUCCCACUUGCCAUGGUCCCCGACCAAUGGUACGACAUCAACGGUGUAUGGACGGGAUCCGCCACGCUCUUACCGGAUGGCCGAAUCGUAAUGCUUUACACCGGCAGCACAAUUGAGUCCGUGCAGGUUCAGAACCUUGCAUACCCUGCUAACCUUUCUGAUCCCCUCCUCCUUCAUUGGUUCAAGUACCCGGGUAACCCGGUUAUUGUUCCCCCGACCGGGAUCGAAUCCGACGAGUUCCGAGACCCGACAACGGCUUGGAUUGGACCCGAUGGUUCCUGGCGGAUUGCAGUUGGCUCAAGGUGUAAUUCCACCAUAGGAAUGUCCCUUGUUUAUCAAACAACAAACUUUAAGGAUUAUGAAUUAUCGGAGGGGGUCUUACAUGCUGUUCCGGGGACGGGUAUGUGGGAAUGUGUGGAUUUUUACCCGGUUUCAAUAAACGGUUCGGUCGGGUUGGACACGUCGGCAAUUGGGCCUGGAAUUAAGCAUGUGCUGAAGGCUAGUUUGGAUGACACGAAGUUAGAUCAUUACGCACUGGGGACAUAUGACCCGAUAUUGGAUAAGUGGACGCCCGAUAACGCGGAAGAAGAUGUAGGCAUCGGGUUGAAGGUGGAUUAUGGGAGAUACUAUGCCUCAAAGACAUUUUUUGAUCAGAACAAACAAAGGAGGAUUCUUUUUGGUUGGGUUAACGAAACUGAUACUGAAACCGCUGACCUCAAAAAGGGAUGGGCUUCUCUUCAGACAAUUCCCAGGACUGUUGUGUAUGACAACAAGACUGGAACCCAUUUACUUCAAUGGCCAGUGGAAGAAGUAGAGAGCUUGAGACUGAAUGCUACAGUGUUCAAGGAGGUUGUAGUUGAAGCAGGAUCAGUUGUGCCCCUCGACAUAGGCACCGCUACUCAGUUAGAUAUAUUAGCAGAGUUCGGAAUAGAGUCGUCGGUACCUAAUACCACAGACAAAGUCGGUGGUUGUGGUGAUGGCGCAGUUGAUAGAAGCACUUACGGGCCAUUCGGAAUCCUGGCUAUUGCUGAUGUUUCACUUUCAGAGCUGACUCCUGUAUAUUUCCGUCCCCUUAGCUCACCUGAUGGUAGUCUUAAGACUUACUUUUGUGUCGACGAAACAAGGUCUUCUGAAGCUUCCGAUGUCUUAAAACGAGUGUAUGGUGGCAAGGUUCCGGUGCUUGACGAUGAGCACUACAAUAUGAGGGUAUUGGUGGAUCAUUCAGUGGUGGAGAGCUUCGCCCAAGGAGGGAGGACGGUGAUAACAUCGAGAAUUUAUCCGACGAAAGCCAUCUACGGAGCUGCUCGGCUAUUCUUGUUCAACAAUGCAAGUGGAGUAAAUGUGAAGGCCACACUCAAAAUAUGGGAAAUGGAUUCGGCCUUUAUUCGUCCUUUCCCUUUUGAGGAAACGUUGUAGAAAUGGAUGCUUCCUGUGCUCAGUCUAAUAUUACUACUAGUA